AUGCAGAGAGCGCUGAUGCGGACAUUCGAAUACAAAGGCACGCAAUACAUAUCUGCGAAGAAGACAUUUGGCCAGGCCCUGCAGGAGUCUCCAUGGGAGCGCCGUGCCUGGUGUCUGCAAGAGAAAGUCUUCUCCAAUCGUCUCCUGGUGCUCACCGAAACACAAGCCUUUUACCACUGUGCGGCCGCAACUUGGUUCGAGGACACACAGUUGGAGUCAAGACCGAAUAUCGCAGGGCCAGUUCAUGUCAGGGAGAAACCAAGUCUUUCGCGAAAAGAGGCGGAGAUGCUCAGACCGUCGCUCCAAACCGCAUAUGAAUCCCAUCGAGAUUACUUUGGUAGGAAUUUCUGGCGAUUGAUUGAAAACUAUAGCCGGAGACUACUCUCCUUUGAAGCUGACGUCAUUCGUGCCUUCAGCGGCAUUUUACGUUCACUCGAGCCGCAACAUGGCAUUGCAGUGUGGGGAAUCCCACAGCGUGAGUUUGGACGAGGGAUUUCAUUCGAAUAUUCAGCGUAUCGCUCGGACAUGCGACGAGAGGGGUUUCCUAGUUGGAGUUGGACAGGGUGGCUUACGAGCCCGGAUACACAGUUGAGGUUUAUCAAUUUUAAGAGGAAAGACAGCGAUAUGAUGGUCUCCGGAGGCCAAUACCGUAUUGAAAGGAACCCAGGUCUACAUUCUGAAUCGUCUUUCUUUGACGUGGAUUGGCAUUACUAUUCACUCGGCGAUACCACAGGCGAACCAAGACUGGUUGCCAUUCAAGAAACAUUUCCAGAGCCACUUGACCGCCUGGUGGAGAGCAAAUCGGAAAAUACGGUAGACAUCACUUCAACGGCGGCCUCAAGGCCGAUAAACCCGGAGCGAAUAUCACAUUGGGGCAUCCCAGGCCAUCCUGGAGAGGACGAUUACAUCCAAACGACGGACCCUCUACCACUACAGCACGAGCAGGGCAUGCCUCCGAUCAAUCAUAUCCUCCAAUUCUACACCAGCAUGACUCCGGUAAUCGUUGGCCCACAUGUCUCCACAAGAUGGCAAGGGCUUUCAAAACGCAGUCUACGCGUGCCAGGCUCAAAUGAAACAUUGCAGUUCUCAGUCAAACUCGAUACGGCGUACGAUAGCCAAGGACGGGAUACAUGGCUCGUAUAUGUAUCUAGAUGGUGUACGGCAGAUUUUAUGUCCAUCGAAGGCAAAAGAAGAAGGCACAGAAGAGAACGUCUCAACCUGCUUCUAGUAGAAAGUGUACGGGGUUGGCAAUACGUAAAAAGGAGAGUACAGCUGUUGGAAUGUGUAUGGAUUGAUUGGUGGCAGGAGGCCAAUCCGCAAUGGCAAUUGUUAUGUCUUGCUUAA